AGGCCCAUCCACGAGAGCAUCCGAACCCUGAAGCUGCACAAGUACACAUCGAUCGCAGAGGUGCAGGUGCACAUGGAGGACGAGUACCUGCGCUCCCCGCUCUCCGGGGGAGAAGAAGAAGUGGAGCAAGUCCCUGCAGAGAUCCUGUACCAGGGCCUCCUGCCAAGCCUGCCACAGUACAUGAUUGCUCUGCUGAAGAUCCUCCUUGCUGCAGCCCCCACCUCCAAAGCCAAGACAGACUCCAUCAACAUCCUGGCAGAUGUCUUACCUGAGGAGAUGCCGACCACAGUGCUGCAGAGCAUGAAGCUGGGGGUGGAUGUCAAUCGACACAAGGAGAUCAUCGUCAAAGCCAUUUCUGCCGUGCUGCUCCUCCUGCUCAAGCACUUCAAGCUGAAUCACAUCUACCAGUUUGAGUACAUGGCCCAACAUCUGGUGUUUGCCAACUGCAUCCCACUCAUCCUGAAGUUCUUCAACCAGAACAUCAUGUCCUACAUCACUGCCAAGAACAGCAUUUCUGUCCUGGACUACCCGUACUGCGUGGUGCACGAGCUGCCAGAGCUGACAGCAGAGAGCCUGGAAGCCGGAGACAACAACCAGUUUUGCUGGAGGAAUCUCUUCUCCUGCAUAAACCUCCUGCGCAUCCUCAACAAGCUGACCAAGUGGAAGCACUCACGCACUAUGAUGCUGGUGGUCUUCAAGUCAGCACCCAUCUUGAAACGGGCUCUGAAGGUGAAACAGGCCAUGAUGCAGCUCUAUGUGCUGAAGCUGCUCAAGGUACAGACCAAGUACCUGGGCAGGCAGUGGAGGAAGAGCAACAUGAAGACCAUGUCAGCCAUCUACCAGAAGGUGCGGCACCGUCUCAACGACGACUGGGCUUACGGCAACGACCUGGAUGCCCGGCCCUGGGAUUUCCAGGCGGAGGAGUGCGCCCUGCGCGCCAGCAUCGAGCGCUUCAACUCGCGUCGCUACGACCGGGCACACAGCAACCCUGAUUUUCUCCCUGUGGACAACUGCCUGCAGAGUGUCCUGGGCCAGCGUGUGGACCUGCCCGAGGAUUUCCAGGUCAACUAUGACCUGUGGCUGGAGCGGGAGGUCUUCUCCAGACCCAUCUCCUGGGAGGAGCUGCUGCAGUGAUGGAUGAUGGGGAGGCAGGAGCGGGUGCUUUGGGGAGAUCU